AUGCAGAUAUUCCCAGAAAGUGUGCGGAAACUUUGGAAUGAAUGGGAGCUACGCUUCAUGGUUCUACUCAGCCUUUUCCUACAAAUCGUCCUAAUCAUCUUUAGCAACCAACGAAAGUACAGAGUCACACCUUGGAUCAGAAUCCUGAUUUGGUCGGCCUACUUGUCCGCAGACUGGGUGGCGACAGUAUCCCUCGGUACCCUCUCAAACAGCCAAGGAGAUUCGGAAGGGAAACUUCUGGAUCCAAACUACACCCUCAUGGCAUUUUGGGCGCCAUUCCUUCUCUUGCACCUUGGUGGUCCGGACACUAUCACGGCUUACUCCUUAGAAGAUAAUGAGUUGUGGUUAAGGCACUUGCUAGGACUAGUUGUCCAAGUUGGAGUGGCUUUCUACGUGUUUCUGAGGUCAUGGGCAGGAACUCCACUCACAUUUCUAUCCAUUCCAAUGUUUGUGGCUGGAAUUAUCAAGUAUGGAGAGAGGACCUGCGUUCUGAGGUCUGCAAGCAAGAAUCACUUUAAAGAUUCUUCGCUUCCUUCUCCUGGACCUGAUUAUCUUGAUUUGGUGAGGAGAUAUGGUUUACAGAAAGGGAAAAUGGAAGCCGUUACAAUCAGGAAUAAAAAUAUUGGUGAAAAGCCACUUCAAUCUACCGUUGGUGAUGAAAUUACUAUUCUAGGUGGAAAAUAUAUCGAUAAAGCUUACGUAUUAUUCGAGAACCAAUUCAGGCAUCUAUAUGCAGACCUCAUCCUCAGCUUGGAUGACCAAAACACCAGUGAGCGCUUCAUCAAGGAAUUGUCAUUCGAAGAUGCCUUCAAAGUGGUAGAGAUGGAGCUUAGUUUUAUGUAUGAUGUGCUUUACACCAAGGCAAUAGUGGUUUAUUCUCUACUAGGCAUUCUUCUCCGCAUUGCCAGCUUCUUGUCCACUAUUUCUACCUUAGCGGCCUUCUGCUUCUUCAUCGAUAGGCAUGAGUUCUCAAACAUUGACAUCAACAUUACUUACUUAUUACUCUUUGGAGCUAUUUUUCUUGAGGUUUAUGCUCUCAUUAAGCUGAUUUGUCGGACUGGAGCAUCGUCUGGUUGA